AUGAAUUUUAACUUAAAAGCAGCCGGUACCUUACUGUCUCGAGCUAAGCAGUUUACAGAAGAAAAACUUGGCCAAGCAACUGAUAGAACAGAAUAUGAUGACAAUUUUGAUCAUUUACUAUUAGAUGCUGAUCGAGCAAAAGCAUGGACUGAACGAUUGAUAUCGAAUGUGAGCAUUUUUCUUCAACCAAAUCCGAAUGAACGCCUUGAAGAUUUUAUAUUAACGAAAUUUGAUCAAAAAACAAACAAACAAAAUAUAGUUGAACAAUUAGGACAAUGUAUGGUCGAAGCAGGAAAUGAUUUUGGUUCAUCAACACAGUAUGGUUCGACAUUAAUAAAAUGCGGUCAAACUCAUCAGAAAUUAGGUCAUAUCUAUAAAGAUUUUAUACAAUCAUCAGUCAUGGGUUAUAUGCAACCAUUGAAAAGUUUUCUUGAAGGUGAAAUGAAAUCCAUCACAAAAGAACGUCGUACAUUAGAAAUGAGACGCCUUGAUCUUGAUGCGGCACGAUCGAAACAGAAAAAAAGUAAAAUGCUUAGUCGCAACAACAAUACACCAGUAGCCAUGGCUGAUAGUUCUGAUGCUGAUGUUCGUCAUGCACAAGCCGAGUUCGAACGUCAAUACCAUAUAACACGCUUAACGCUCGACGGUUUACCUAAUGCUCAAAAUCAUCAUUUAAGCUGUUUAUUUGACUUAAUCGAAUCUGAAUUACAGUAUCAUCAAAAAUCAGUACAAAUCCUUGAAGAAUUUCAUAAAAAAAUUGGCUUGUCAAAACCAAUACCCCAUGCAUCGCUACCUCGUUUACGCACUGCAAUUGUUAAAUUUGAUUACGAGGCGUUAGAUUCCAAUGAGCUUAGUGUUUUAGCAAAAGAAACAGUCAAUAUUAUAUCAGAUGGUGAUGAUUCAGAUUGGGUAACAGUCGAAAAACAACUAACAAAACAACAAGGACGAGUGCCACGAGCCUAUUUACAGAUUGAUGCAUUGCUCUCUUGA